GAUGGUCGCACACCCCUCUUCCAGGCUGCAUGGAACGGCGACAUCAGCACCGCAACACUGCUUUUGGAGCACGGUGCAACAGUGGAUGCCACCGAUGAGACUGGUCAGACACCCCUCUACAGGGCUGCAUUCAACGGCCACACCAGCACCGCAACACUGCUUUUGGAGCACGGUGCAACAGUGGAUGCCACCGAUGAG